GAGCUCAAGACGCUGAGUCUCACUGAGGCCUUCUGGUUCCCCGACGUGGCGUCGCUGGCCAUCAUCACCGGCGGCCUCUGGGCUGCGAGUCUGCUGUGGCUCUGUCUCUUUGUGCGCGAGGCAAAGUGAGCACUGCUCCUUGUCCGCACUGGCCGCGGCGGGAAAUGCAUCUUGGUUUCAUGCUUCGGCCCGAUUGGGCAGCAGAGGGCCGUGAGGCUCUUGUUCGCGCGCGACAUGCUGCGGCUCCUUGUGCGCGCAUUCCCUUGUCCUGGGUCGCUAGCGUGCCUACCGUUCCGCGGAGCUGAGCUGCCACACUGCCGGCGGCCAAUGCGGGUGCGGCGCCGCACUCCCGCACCGGCUCGGAGCAUUAAGCGUGCGCUAGCGAGGCGGUCUAGGCACAGCGGACGCUGCGCAUGGCCGAGGGGCCCCCGAGCCGCGGUCGCGAUGGAGGAGGGCGAUGCGCAGCGCGCGCAAGCGGAUGGCCCUGGCGGCUGGCGGCUGCGCAGAGGUACGCCGCCACGCCGCUGCACCGUUCCUCGCUGCCAUGCGCUCGGUGCCUGGCGAAUUAGCGCAGAGCCUGUCUCGCUCCUGAGAGCUCGGCAUCAGCAGUGCGGCGGUCGCCCUCGCGUCCGAGCGCCGGGCCCCCGCCGCUCAGGCCGCCUCUGCUGCUGCCCCACGCCCCUGCGCGCGCUGCACCCUGAGCCUGAGCGAGCGAGAUGCAGCACGGCACAGGCCGCCUUUGUCUCUGCCGUGCUGCUAUGUGGCCCAGUAUGUUUGCCUCUCUUCCACAUCCACCUCUGCGCCCCUCUCUUCGCCUCUUCACAGCCCCCAACCCCUGUCCCAUUCGGCUACCUCUCGGCUCGCGUCCUUGCUGUGCUGUGCGCCUGCUCGGCUGCCUCUCGUCGUCAAGCGCCACGCACGCAAGCCCGACAGGGCGUACAGACCCAUCCGCACAGCGCUUGUGCCGCACAUCCUGCCCGUCUGCUGGUGAGUCUCGCCCGGAGCGCGACCUGCCGCUGCCGCCGCAGACGAGGCAGUCGUUGUCUGCGCCCUCUCGAUGGCGAGCUCGGGGCCUGGUACGUUCGGAGCAGCGUGGCAAGGUCCUUGCUGCGCUGCACGAGCUGCGCCUGCCAGAGCAUCGCUGCAGCGGCGCGCACUCCGUGGUGUCUCGGAGGAUGUGCAGCUCGUUGCCGUGCGAACAGCGGCGCCCGUCUCUCGCACGUACCGCGCGACAUCCGUCACAUCCGAGCCGCGCGCGCCAUCCCCGCCGUCGGCUGGCGGUGCCUUGCUCCGCUUUCUAUUUGUGGCGCACUCCGAGAGGCCGGCUCGCUGAUGCUGCCUGCCAAGCGUUGUGUGUCGGCGAAAGCUUGCUUCGGCGGCGUGAAUGGGCCAUCGCAGCACAUAGAAGGCCGUGCUCGUGGCCUUCUAUUCAUGCCUGGGUGCUCCGACCGGCACCCUCGGGCGAGAGCUCGGCGUCGACGCGGCGCAACAAACAACGCAGCGGCGCUUCUCCCGCGGCCGCUCCUUGCACCGUCGCCGAGGACGUCGGGCAAAGGAGCCGGCGUCUGCGCGUGCGACCAGCCCAUGAGACGGCUGACCGGCUCGGCUCCCGGCAGCCGCAGUCGACGACGCUCGGCAAACUCGCUGUGUCCGGGACUGCUGCGGCACGGCCGAGGCGGCACGAGGCAGCGAGCACGCGAGGGCCUGCCCUCGAAGGGAGAGCUGCGACGAUGGCUGCCUCUGCUGCAGCUUGCUCGAACUCUGGGCGCCCUUGCGCCUUCUUUGUGUCCUGCAUCUGGCAGACGCAAAUGCUAUGCUGGGUGAGGUGCUCGCUGCGGCUGCGGCAGCGCUGGAGUUGGCCGCGGUGGGUCCGUCCAUCCAUC